GCUUGCUUGCUGCUUUUGUAGGAAGUGUUGCCCAACCGUCACCAGAACGAAAAUACCGGGUUACGGCACAGACUUUCACCAGAAGCAGAGUGUGAGCUAUGGCUGGACCUGUCAGUUUGGAGUUGGAUCCCAUCUUUCUAAAGGGAUUGAGUUAUUUGCACUCCAAGAGUAAAGACUCAGCUGAGAAACUCAAAGCUCUACUUGAUGAGUCCCUUGCAAGAGGAAGUGACUCAUCCUACCGUUCAUUACAAAAGGAUAUAGAGGUGUCAAAGGGAUCUGUGUCAAAACUGAGCUUAAGUAAACAAGACUCCAAGUCCUCCUCAAGUUCAUCAUCCUCCAGCAGCAGCAGUGGAAGUAGCAAAUCCAGCUCGGAGAAGAGCAAGAAAGAAGCAGAGAAGAGGCCCUCUGAGAAGGUCCGGGUUGACUUGGGUGAGGUGGACCCUCCGAAAAAGCCACGUUUGGAGAAACAGGAGAAUCGUUCUUCUCCAAUUACUGUUCAGACAAGCAAAGACCUCCUGCCAAACAUAAAUGAUGAUGAGACUAAUGCCGAUGACUUUGCCAUGGAAAUGGGCCUGGCUUGUGUGGUUUGCAGACAAAUGACAGUGACCAUGGGAAACCAGUUGGUAGAGUGCCAGGAGUGCCAUAAUUUGUACCACCAGGACUGUCACAAGCCUCAGGUGACAGACAAAGAAGUAAAUGACCCACGGCUUGUCUGGUAUUGUGCCCGCUGCACCAGGCAAAUGAAACGUAUGGCCCAGAAACCUCCACAGAAGCCGUCGCCUGCAUCGGUAUCAUCUGCACCUGUUGUUAAAGACACGCUGGUGAAAAAGACGGAGCUUAAACCCAAAACUGACACAACCAGCACCUUCCAAGCAUUCAAAAGAACAGAAGUGAAGCCACCUACCACAUCAGCCAAUCCCACCGGCAGCGGCUCCUCCUCCUCAGGCAGCGGGCUUACAGGCUGGGCUGCAUUUGGCGCCAAAACAAGCCCAUCUCUUCCUGCAAGCUCCAAACUGGGUUCCUCAGGCCCAAGUGGGAGCAGCAAGACUUUGACAACUCCUUCCAGUCAGAAACCUGUCGGGUUGUCUGGGCUAGCUGGAGCCAAAUCAGGACUUGGGGGCGCAAAGAUAGCUGGCAGCAACAAUGGAAAUGGCUCCAGCCAGGUAAAUCUGAAACCUCCUCCUCCUCUGACUCUGGGUAAGCAGCCGCUAAACCGUUCAUCAAGCAGUGAAGGCCAAGGGAAAGGCUCUGCUUCGUCAGGGGCCGGAUCCCCCGGCAGCUCCCAGACAAGCGCUGGAGGGAAUGGAGGCAAUAACGGAGGAGGUAACGGGAACAAUGGUAAUGGGUCAAAGGCAGCAGCAGGGGACAAAGCACCGACGUCUCAAGAGUCCCAGCUUAACGCCAUGAAACGGUUACAACUUGUGAAGAAGAAAGCAGCGCAGAAGAAACUAAAGAAAUGAGUAGAGGUAGAGAGGAUCGAGUAAGAGGAGGACGUGUGAGGGAGUAGAAAAUAAACGCUCGAUGUGGAUGUAGUGCCAGAGCAUCAUGUUUGUAUUUCAAGAGCGUCUGUACAUGGAGCAACACCAUCCAGUCAAAUACUUGAAUUUUACUUUGUGUAAAUGCUGCUGGACUCUGUGUGCCUCGUUCUGUCCUAACAAAUCUAACCAGUGAAAGAAGUGUCACUUUUUAUCAACAAAUGUCAUUAAAUAUCCUCUUCUUACAAA